AUGAUCCAAAUAUUUCUUAGAUGUUUUAGGAACUUAAGAAUGAAAUUGCAAGUGUUGAUAAUAAUUUUACCGAUCCUCGCGUUAACUAUGUUGUUGGUUGGGUUAACUAGCUAUAUAUAAUCUACAGUAAUUUUUAAUUUACUUGAAAACUAAUCAAACCACUUAUUGAUGUAUUAAGAAUAUAAAGCCCUAUCCCAAGUAGCUUUGGAAUUGCAAACAUAUAUCGGAUAUAAGCAUAAAUUUUAUAUCUCCAGAUUAGGUCACUUAAAUUAGUUAUUCAGCUUUAUUUAAUAAAAUGGGAGAGAUUCAAACAUGAAUCAUUUAAAAAGUUGCCUAAGACUAGAGGACAUAUAAAAUAAUUUUAUAGAGUUUGAUUUACCUUAAUUUUGUUAUUUUGCCUGUGGAUCAAAUGAUAAAGUAUCAUUGCCUUAAGAAAAUCAACUGAUAAAGAUCUUCAAUCAAACAACUUAGUUGAUUAAUUAGUUUACUAUUGCUUUGGAUGCAACAGAAAAUUCAUUAAUUGCAAUGGUAGAUUUUUCAGAUACUAUUUAUUUUGCUGCCUACCCUCAUAUUUAUUUGAAUUUGUAAUACAAUCCUCUUAAAAGACCUUGGUACAUAAGUCACAUGAAUGGAUUGAAAACACAUCCUGAGAACAACUACUUUUUCUCCCCUAUAUUUACGAAUUACGUCAAAAAUAUUUACUAGAUGUCAAUUACGUAUUCUAUAUCUGGGACUUCUAAUUCAAAUAUUGGUAUAAUUAUGUAAAAUAUCGAAUUAAAUGAUACAAAUAUUAAAGAAACCCCCUACAAUAUUAUUGUAUCCAACGAGAAUGGGGAGGUUGUACUAUAAGGAAUAGAAUCCAUAAAAAAAAUGAUAUACAUUAAGGAUGAUGUUUUGUUUAUCAAUGAUACAAACCAAACCGGUUUCAAUGAUACUGAUUGGUAAUAAAUCAAAAAAGUCGCUUCAGGAGAAGAAAUUGAGAAUAGAUGUAACACGUAUAAUGCCAAUGCAUUCUGUUUAUACAACAAAUUCUUUUAAUAAUUCGUUUUAGUGAAUGCAACUAGAAUUAAAGAGGGCAGCUUUUAUUUAAUAAUAUACUCCAAUAUCACUUCCCAAACCAUAUUAAAUUAACAGUUAGCAACUAUCAAUUAGAAUUUGUAGUCAUAGUUAUAGUAGAGUUAAUAUGUCAUUUUCUUUUCAGGAAUCUCUUUAUUAUUUUUGUCCAUUUUAAUCAUCCAUUAAAUGUUCCUCCCUUUAACAGAUCUUAUGAGAACUCUCUUCUUUUAUAUUAAGUCCACAGGAAACAAUAUUAAUAAGGAAAUAUUUUAAUUGUUAAAUACUCAAAAGAAGACAAGAAAGAAUAAUAUAUUUUCAGAUUUAAUGCAAUAAUUUUUGAGGUUUGAAGCAAAACUAAAUGGUAGUCAAUAGAAUAAAAAUAAAGAGUGCUUAUACUUUGAAUAAAUCGAAUAUUAAAAAUAACCAUAAAGUGAACUUAUUAGUCCUUUAAAUCUUAGUUUAAAUAAUAUCUCAAAUGAUUAUUUGACUAUGUGCAAGAUUAAAAAUAUAUUUGAUUUAUUAAAACUUAAAUUAUUUAAUUUCUGA